AUGUCCGGACAGACUCAGCGCUUGAAUGUUGUUCCGACUGUGACAAUGCUUGGAGUAAUGAAAGCUCGACUGAUUGGGGCUACGAGAGGCCAUGCAUUGCUCAAGAAGAAGAGUGAUGCUCUGACUGUGCAAUUUCGGGCAAUCCUAAAGAAAAUUGUUUCCACGAAGGAAUCCAUGGGAGAUAUCAUGAAAACUUCCUCCUUUGCCCUUACAGAAGCUAAAUAUGUUGCUGGUGAUAAUAUUAAGCACUCUAUUCGCGAAAAUGUCAAAAGUGCAUCACUCAAGGUUAGAUCGCAUCAGGAAAACAUUGCCGGUGUGAAACUUCCCAAGUUUGAAUACUUCGUGGAUGGAGAGACUAAGAAUGACUUGACUGGUCUGGCAAGGGGAGGCCAGCAGAUCCAAGCAUGCCGCGCAGCGUAUGUGGAAUCUAUUGAGCUGCUCGUCGAACUUGCUAGCCUCCAGACAUCGUUCUUGACCCUUGAUGAGGCAAUCAAGACCACAAAUCGCAGGGUCAAUGCGCUGGAGAAUGUUGUGAAGCCACGCAUAGAUAACACAAUAAGUUACAUCAAAGGAGAGUUGGACGAACUGGAAAGGGAGGACUUCUUUAGGCUGAAGAAGAUUCAAGGUUACAAGAGGAGAGAGGUCGACAAGCAGCGUGAAUCUGCCAAGGCGUAUGCUGAAGAGAAGGUUGCAGAAGAAAUGUCGUUACAGAAAGGUAUCUCUCUUACAUCGGCCCAUGACCUGCUAUCCCAGUCGAAGAAAGACGAGGACAUAAUCUUUUGAAAACGGUUUAUUAGUUUGAUUUUGUUUAAAUUAUGUUGUGUGAUCUUGCUAGAUUUCCUGUCUCUUAUUUAGAAGGCAUUAUAUUAUUAUUUGGCGAAGAGUUAUUUUCCCGAAAUAAGAGCCUUAUGUAUGCUUUGUAUUUAUUCUUCAACCCAUAAAAACCUUUGUGAUUCUGGAAGUUUUGUUGGUUAAAAAACAUCUGCUGAUCUAUCUUUAUUUGAA